AUGAGGGGCACAAAAGAGGGGGGCGUGUCCCCUGAGUGUGUGAGUGUGAAAGAGGAGGGGGGUGGGCGGGGGGGUGAAGGAGGGAUCCCAGUCCGGAGAGAGAGGGAUCAGGUGCCCACUGGCUCCCCACCAAAGAGAGAGACUUGGGGUCCCCUCCCCAGCCCCCCUGCAGGGAUGUCUCGGCGAAAGCAGCGCAACCCCCAGCAGCUCAUCUCGGACUGCGAAGGGUCCACGGCCUCUGAGAACGGAGAUACUGGUGAUGAGUCCGUCCUGUUAUCCUGCCCCUCUUGCCGUGCCAGCUUCAAGGAUCCCUCUGAGUUGUCCACUCACGUGGAUUCCUGCUCCCCAGAGCAGCCCACCUGCUCUUCCGCCACUCCCGCCACCGCCGCUGCUGCCACCACUGCCGGCCAAGACCACUCCAGCACGUCCUCCUCCUCUUCCUCCGUGGAGGUCCAUCCCGAAAGUCCUCCGAGCAUGGAUGUCGAGCCGGGGCCGCCGCCGACCGCCGCCGCCCCGCAUCCGCCGCCACCCCCGCCUCUCCCUCCGCUGCCGCCCCCCACCGCUGUCCCGGCCGGACACCUCAACAUUCCUCUCAUCCUGGAAGAGCUCCGCGUCCUGCAGCAGCGCCAGCUGCACCAGAUGCAGAUGACGGAGCAGAUCUGCCGCCAGGUGCUGCUCCUGGGGUCUCUGGGGCAGGUGGGCUCCCCAGCACCCUCUGCCGAGCCGGCUGUGGGCGCUUCUCUGCCGCCCAAGCCCCCGUUGCCCGUCUUUUCCAUCAAAACAGAGCCGGGAAGGACCCAAGCCUCCAGCUCCCCUGAGGGGCCCAAGCCUGCGUUCUUCCACCUCUACCAUCCUUUCCCCAGCGGCGCUCGGGUCCCCAAAGCGGAGCAGAUCUUGGCUCCAGCUUUCCCCACAGCCACAGGCCUCCUGGCUGCUCAGUGCCUGGGGGCUGCCCGGGGUCUGGAGCAGGCCACCUCUCCGGGGCUGCUGCGGCAGAAGAACGGAGGCGGAGGCGGAGGCGAAAGCAGCUUGGAGGAGAAGCCGGGCGGGCGUCACAAAUGCCGCUUCUGUGGCAAAGUCUUUGGGAGCGAUAGUGCCCUCCAGAUCCACCUGCGUUCCCACACUGGUGAGCGUCCCUAUAAGUGCAACAUCUGUGGCAACCGCUUCACGACCCGCGGCAACCUCAAGGUGCACUUCCACCGCCACCGGGAGAAGUACCCGCACGUCCAGAUGAACCCCCACCCGGUCCCCGAGCACCUUGAUUACGUCCUCACCACUUCGGGGUUGCCCUAUGGCAUGUCGGUGCCGCCCGAGAAGGCGGAGCCCGGAGAGGAGACGGCCUCUGCUCCUCCUGCGGAACGCAAGGCCCUGAGCGCGACCGAGAGCCUGACGCUGCUCUCCGGGGCCUCCCCAUCAGCAGCAGCCCAAGCCUUGCCUAGUUUCAACAAGUUGGUUCUGAUGAAGGCCGUCGAAGCGAAGGGGAAGGGGGAUGAGAACACCCCGCCAGAAAGGGAGGCAGAAGGCACCCGGCUUCAGCUGGGGAAGCUGGUGGGGUCACUGCCCAGUUGGGCCUUGUUGGCCAACCAUUUUAAGGCGGGCACGGCUGUGGGGCCUUUCCCCUACGUGCUGGAGGCGUCGCCCUCUGAGACCUCCAAGCUGCAGCAGCUGGUGGAGAAGAUCGACCGCCGAGGAUCUCCGUCGUCCUCCUCGUGCCCUGGCCCUGUCGCCAGCACCCAAGCCGUGGCCAGCUCCUCAUUGUCGUCGUCCCCGCCGACGUCUUCCGGGCCCAACCAGUGCGUGAUCUGCUUGCGGGUCCUGAGUUGCCCCCGCGCUCUGCAGCUUCACUACGGGCAGCACGGAGGGGAGAGGCCGUUCAAGUGCAAGGUGUGCGGGCGGGCCUUUUCCACCCGGGGGAAUCUGCGGGCCCAUUUUGUGGGGCACAAGACCAGCUCGGCCGCCCGCGCUCAAAACUCUUGCCCCAUCUGCCAGAAGAAGUUCACCAACGCCGUCAGCCUCCAGCAGCAUGUCCGCAUGCACCUGGGAGGGCAGAUCCCGAACGGGGCGCUCCUCCCAGAGCCCCCCGCCUCCGAGGGAGUCACCCUGGGGGAAGGACAGAAGCUGCCGCAGCCCCCUCCUCAGGAAGAGGAGCUAUCGGAAGAAGACGAAGAAGAGCCCACUGAUGAGGACUCGCUGGAGAGCGGUGGGGAGAAGGCCGAGGGGCCCUCCAGCCCUGAACAGGAAGCUCCGGGCCCUGCCAAGGAAGGAGAGGAAGUGAGACAGGCGGAGGAGGAAGAGGGAGGCACCAGGGCUGCCUCGCCGUCGGGGGCUGGAAGCCCUCGGUGCCCCACACAGGAAAGGGAAGAAAAGGAGGAAAUGGAACAAGGAGGAGGAACGCCACAGGAAGCGGGGGAGGAACCGGAGAAGGAGAAGGGCAUAGGAGGGGAAGGCCCCUCUGAGAAGCAAGAGGGCAGCCAAGCCAAAGAGGGGCCAGUGCUGGUCUGUGGGAUCUGCAAACAGGCCUUCCCCGACAGAGCCGCUCUGCGCAAACACGCACUGACCGCCCACCACCAGGUUAAUCUGGGCGGCCACGUAUGGAGCAGAAGCAACAGCCCGACACAACGCGGACGGCGCCUGCCCCUCGAAGGUUCCGUGCCGGUGCUGUCGGGGAGCCAGGUGAAGCUGCAGGACUUCCUGGGACGCGACAUACCAGCCCAGCUCGUGGGGGUGGGCCCCCUCUCUUUCUGGAACCAGUACACGGCCUUCCUCUCUGGAGGCCUGCCGGCCAAGCCAGCCCUUGGCAUGGCUGCUCCCGCCUCAACUUCCUCCUCAUCCUCUGCUUCCAACAUGGCUACGCAGGGCCUCUUUGGGUCAACCAGUGCCCCUGGGAAGGCAGUCCCCAGCGAGGCCAAGGAGAAACCAGCGGUGGGAUCUCUGCUGCUGCUGCCACCACCACCACCGCCACCACCUCCAGCCCCGGCUUCGGAGGUAGUCCCUGAGGGCCAAGGGAAGGCAGAGAAGUAGCAUGGUCUCAACAUAGCCCCCCAUCAGGGGGAACCAUUCCAGUGACAUCACAGGGUGGGGAAAACCCCACGCCAGGCCCUGCCGGAGAAGUGGCUGCAAUCUUAUUUUAGCGACAUUUUAGUCUUUUACUUUUAACGUAGCUUGGACGUCCGUUGGCCAGAGGGCACGAUCCCAACACCAGGUGGAGGAGCGCUGCAACCCCCUCCUCUGCUGGCCGUGGGCAAAGAAGUGGCUCCCUUCUAGUGUAGGGCAGAAUGCCGGAGGGCCCAGCCAAGCACAGAGUGGACACCAUGAAUUCCCCAAUAAAAGCCGUUUGGCAGAACAA